AUGAAUGCCCGGCAGCAGGAGUACCGUCUGAGCCUAGAACUUCGUCAAGUUAACGACGCUGUGUCCUGCAUUUUUCAUUCACUCCUAACCCAUAGGAGUGUUGCUAAGUUUCAAUACAAAGGAGAUUCUAACUACUCGCUUGGUUCUCUCGGCAUUAAAGAAGUGGAAUGCGAGAAUAUCGACUUAACCUACGUCAAAAUCAAUAGCGAUGAGUUGUCGUACCAACUGGAGAAAGAGAUUCAACCAUUUCUCCUUGAUCUUGACAAUACUGUAAAAGCGGCAGCAUUACCUCGCCGACAUACACCACUCAGUAGCCCAACUCUCGCUGAAUCAGCAAUCCCGCUUCUUGGUGCGCAGAUAAGUUUGGAGUUUUUUCAACGUCGUCCUCGACCUUGGCCACUUCCAGUCGAAGCAGUAGCAUGGGAGCGAUGGAUUCUAUUCCUCGACAUUUUCAAGGCUAAUUCCUACGACGAUCUUGCACGAAUGCGAGUUUCCGUCGCAGAAAGCGUUGGUGAGAUUGUUCUGCAAGUGUGCAGUUCUGUAAAUCGACCUCAGUAUCUCCCGAAAAUGCCGACUAGAACAGAAUUAUCAAAUGUCUUCGAUUCAAACCUUCCGGAUUGCCAGCCGUACCUUUUCAAGGUGUGCCGCGCACCUAUCCGACCAGAAAGCACGCCACAAACGGGAUUCACUGGCAUGCGAAGGUACAUUCGGGAUCUAAUGAUCAAUUAA